CUCUCUCUCUGUUUCCCUCCCUAACCUUUCUCUCUCUUCUGUGUCUUAGAUCCAUCAGCUUCUUCGAAUUCGAUUCGUUCCCAUUUUAGCUCAGCUGACUCUGCUCUAGCUCACUGGAUCAAGGAAGCUGAUUUACCAAAUUUUGUGGAGUUUACACCUUUCAGAGAGAGGGAUAAGGCUUGGACAUUAUCAAACACGUAGGUAGUUUGAAAAUUUGGGCAGACCUUGUUACGAAAGCUGAAAUUUCUGGACCUGGACUCUCAUUUAGGAGAAUUGUAGAUUAAUAAGCUCAUGGUUGCUGGGGAUUCACUUUUUUAUAUGUUGGCGAGGUGGAAAUCUUGUAGUAUGAUGAGAUGAAAACUUUAUGUGAGAGCCUUGCUGUGAUCCUAAUGAAAGAAUUUAUCCGGCUCUUUGGCGGGUAUAAAAUUGACUGGAAAAAGAUAUUUUUUGCGGGGGCCAUCAUGACAGCAUCCUGUGUCAUGUUGCAAAUGUUUAUACUUAAUGAUCCUCUGGAUAUGUGGUUCCUCUCUCUGCCUGUCGCAAUUCCAUCAGAUAAACCCUUGAACAGUAGCCUCAGCUUGAAUAAGACCUCUACUGAGGCAAGGGUCAAAAGAUUGCAAAUAAUUUCUGGUGCCCCCAUUGUUUCACCAAAUCCUCCUAUUGAUCUGAAUCUCUCAGUGCCAAUUAUGCCAGUUGCAGCCUUAGUUCCUCCUAGGGGGAAAUCUAGAAGGAGAAGAAAAGAUUCGAAAGUUGAUAACAUGUCAAAGGUCGUCCCUCCUCCUCCCCCUCCACGUAGAACCGUGCCUUCUCAUAUGCAGAAAUUCAUUUGGUCCUUGACACCAAAAGAGGCACUUGUAUAUGCAAAGAAAGAGGUUGAGCAUGCCCCAGCAGUUAUGGAGGAUGAUCCUGAUCUAUAUGCCCCUAUAUUUCGAAACGUUUCUGUUUUCAAAAGGAGCUAUGAACUGAUGGAACUGAUACUUAAAGUUUACAUAUAUCGUGAUGGAGCAAGGCCCAUUUUUCACCAACCUCAUCUCAGAGGAAUUUAUGCUUCUGAAGGAUGGUUCAUGAAGUUGAUGGAGGAAAACAGGCAGUUUGUCACAAGGGAUCCAGAAAAGGCCCACUUAUUUUAUCUUCCUUACAGUAUGCGCCAAUUGGGGAUGGCACUUUAUGUACCGAAUUCACAUAAUAUGAAACCACUCUCAAUUUUCCUAAGAGACUACACAAACACGAUUGCUGCGAAGUAUCCUUUCUGGAAUCGGACACAUGGGUCAGAUCAUUUCCUUGUUGCUUGCCAUGACUGGGGCCCUUACACGUUAACCGCCCAUGAGGAACUAACCAAAAAUACUAUAAAAGCUCUAUGCAAUGCUGACACCUCGGAAGGAAUAUUUGUUGCCAGGAAGGAUGUUUCACUUCCAGAAACUACCAUUAGGACCCCCAGGAGGCCUCUUAGAAAUGUUGGUGGAUUUAGAGUAUCACAGCGCCCACUCCUUGCCUUUUUUGCAGGAAACAUGCAUGGAAGAGUCCGCCCGACACUUCUCAAGCUCUGGCGGGACAAACAUGAAGACAUGAAAAUCUACGGGCCUCUGCCCCUUAGAGUCUCGCGAAAGAUGUCUUAUAUCCAACAUAUGAAAUCAAGUAAAUUUUGUAUUUGCCCAAUGGGGUAUGAAGUGAACAGCCCAAGGAUCAUCGAGUCCAUCUACUAUGAAUGUGUCCCAGUGAUUAUUGCCGAUAAUUUCCCCCUUCCUUUGAGUGAUGUGCUAGAUUGGAGCAAAUUUUCUGUUGCCGUGGCCGAGAAGGAUAUUCCCAAGUUAAGAGAGAUUUUAGUGGCUAUUCCCAUGAGAAGAUACCUUACUAUGCAAAUUAAUGUGAAAAUGGUGCAGAAGCAUUUCCUUUGGAAUCCCAGACCAAUCAGAUAUGAUUUAUUCCAUAUGAUUCUGCAUUCAAUCUGGUCUAGCAGAUUGAACCAGAUCCAAAUCCCGGAAUCCUAGUGUGUGUUUAGCAUGUCCUUAAUGGAUAUUGAUUUUCUAUAAUAGGCUGAGUUUGAACAAGGAGCUGAUUAGAGUUGAGACUAGUGGCUAAGAUGCAAGUCCAUUAAGGCACUUGGCUGUUGACUUUAUGAAGGACUUCAAACAGCAUUUGGUGCCUCCAGCCUGGUUUCAUGGUAAAGUGUUCCAAGUUCUUUGAACUGAAACAUGGAUGGACUUUUUCUGGGAAGACUGGGGGUGGAUGCCAAAAUGAGAAGUGGGGAUGCAGGAAAGAUGACAAGGCGAAGGAGUCUCCAUAGCUCUGUGUGACAUUUCAUUGGACCCAGAUAAAGCUCAAGUAGAUGGUACAUUACAAAAUAAAAUCAUUGCCCCUAUACAAACAAUCCUAUAUGAUUUCAUUAUACAAGUCAAAUUUUCCAUUUUAAGGAAUAUAGUUCAUAGUUGUUGAUGCUGACAUGUAAAUCAUUUUGGAACAAACAUUUUGUAUACAUACAACCGGUUAUCAUAUAGAUACAUACAAGAUAGUUGGAUUU